AACCUUUCACUUUCAAAAAUUUCCCUCCUCACUUGUGUCAUUCUUAGUAGUAUUUCUAUUUGGAAAACCGAAAGAAGGAGAAGGCAGAAAACAUAGGUAUAAGAGAGUGAGUUGGCUAUAACAGUAAGUUAUACUCCCUAAUUAAGAUCGUAAUGGGAAGUGAAGAUUAUUGUAGCAUCUCCAUAAUCACAGCAAGGGCUUUUACAGAAAUUAGGAAAAGAAGAUCUGCAGAAAUAACUUGUACCAGGAGCUUUACUACUUGUAUAUCGCCAAGGUGGAUUUUGUCGAGGUGGUUUGAGACAAAAAAGGGCGCAGAAAAAGUGAAGGAGCAACAGCUUCAAUAUGGUAGCGGAAACAACGAGAAGAAGAAGAAGAAGGAUUCUCUUACGAGAUUAGAUAGGGAAUCCUUAUCGCCAUCUCCGGCAUUGGAAGAACCAGGAGACAAGAAAGCAGACUCUUUGAACCUAGGCAUUGGAUUUGGUUUAAUUUAUCUGUUUAACGCUACCAAAAAUGAGCUGAACAAAAUCGUUGAGAUUCGUAGAGAAUUGGAAAUCCUGCUUCAUAAUUCCAAGAUGGAAUUCCAAAACCAAGGAAGAAUCAGACGAAAUCUUUCUGCUGCAUCCCAUUCAAGAGCCAAAAUCUCACACGACGAUUCAGAUUGUGUUGAACAAUUCGCAUACUCUACUGAUAUAGAACAAGAAUCAGAAAUCACUUGCAGCCAUGAUCAUACAGCUUUCAACUGCAAAUCAAUGAAAGGAAAAGAGACGAAUUUGGAAAUGAACCAACUUGAAGCAGAACUUGAAGUCGAACUAGAACGUUUGCAAUUCCAUUCAGAUUCAGAAGUCACGUUGAAAUAUCCAACACAUCAAGAUGCAGAGAUUAUGGAUAGCUCAGAAGGAAGCCUUGGCACAAGCUUUACAGAAGUAUACAACCCUAAUGCGUGUGUAACAAUAAGAGAAAACUGUGGAGUUCCAGCAGAAGAAUUAAACAGGAAACUGCAUGAGCUUCUACAGACAAGGCAAGAAGAAAGGAUCAAAGAACUGGAGUCAGCUUUAGAAUCCACCAUGCAAAAGCUUGAAGAAAAAGAAAAGGAGAUCUGUUGGUGGAGAGACACUGCCAAGGUCAUCUCUCAACAAAUUCCUAGUCGUCGAUCACUAGCUACAAUAGAUUAAACGCCACACCAACCUUUAAGGAAUUUGUCCAAAGUUUUUUUGGAUGGAAAGAAAGAAAAUGAAAAACAGAACUUUUUACAUGGCCGGAUACCAUUUCAUGUAAAUGAAGGUGAAGGGAAAUAAACCACAGCUUCAUAUAUCAAAUACUAAAGUUUAGUUUGAAAUAGCAAGAGGAAUGGAUGCCUUCAUUUUGUUUCA